AUUUCAUAUGAGUAUAUGAUAGUUGCAAUGGGAAUCAAACUAGACUUUUACAAGAUUAAAGGCUUACCGACAGCUUUUGAAACACCUGGUGUUUGUUCCAAUUAUUCACCACACACUGUUACCAAGACAACCCAAGCCAUGAAAGAUUUCAAAGAAGGGAAUGCAGUUUUUACAUUACCCAACACACCAAUUAAAUGCGCUGGAGCCCCCCAGAAAGCCAUGUAUCUUACUGAUGCUUACAUGAGAGAGGCUGGCAAAAGGGGCAAAGCUAACUUCAUCUAUAAUACGCCUUUAAAUGUGAUGUUCAGCGCCCCAAAGUAUGCUGACAGACUGCUAAAGGUGGCAAAGAACAGGGAUGUUACUGUAAACUUUCAACACAACCUCAUCGAAGUUGACUCACUUAGAAAAGAAGCAACGUUUGAGAAAGUAGCAAGUGACAAGGAACCGCCCAAAACUGUGACCUAUCCAUACGAGAUGCUUCAUGUCACACCACCAAUGAGUACUCCAGAAGAAUUACAAAGUAGCCCUCUAGUGGAUUCUACGGGUUACCUUGAUGUAAAUAAAAAUACCCUACAACAUGUAAAGUAUUCUAAUAUAUUUGGUAUUGGGGACUGUACUAACGUCCCGACAUCAAAAACAGCUGCUGCUAUUGCUGGACAGUGUGGAAUUCUUAGAAAGAACCUAAAGGCAGCCAUGUUAGGACAACAUCUUCCAGGCCAGUAUGAUGGAUACACAUCUUGUCCAUUGGUUACCGGUUACAACAAAUGCAUUAUGGCAGAAUUUGACUUUGAUAUGAAACCGUUGGAGACAUUUCCUAUAGAUCAGGGUAAGGAACGUCGAACCAUGUGGCACAUGAAGAAGGACCUGAUGCCUCAGCUCUACUGGCAUUUGUUGUUGAAAGGUUGGUGGGAAGGACCGUGGCUUUUCAAGAAACUCUUUCAUUUGGGAAUGUCUCGAUAAAUUACAGAAAUGAAGAACGGUUGAAAAUUAUAUGUUUUUACUGUUUUACGUAGUGUACAUAAAUACCACUUCAAACUGUUUAAGACAAGUAGGAGAAAUGUUAA